AUGGCUAAUGCUUCAUACUAUCUUCACUAUGGAUACUCACCUCCAAUAGUUCAUCAUGACAUAUCAAGCAAAAAUGUUAUUUUAGACUUGGAUUAUGAGGCUCAUAUCUCUGACUUUGGGACAGCCAAGCUUUUGCAUCCAGAUUCUAACAAUUGGACCUCAUUUGUUGGUACCUUUGGCUAUGCUGUUCUAGAACUUGCUUACACAAUGGAAGUGACGAAGAAAUGUGACAUUUAUAGCUUUGGAGUAUUGGCUUUGGAAAUAAUUAUGAGAAAGCAUCCAAGAGAUCUCUUAAUGUUGUGCUUCUCAUCAGCAUCUUCUAGUACAACGCCGACAAUAGUUGCUCACAAUUUGGAUUUGAAGCAAGUAUUAGAUCAAAGGCUACCUUAUCCUCAAGCUCAAUGGCUGAGAAGGUGA